CAGGUCUGUACUCAUAACCAGUUGAACAAUGAAGCUGCGUUUAUUCCUGCUGAUCUCUGCUCUGACGAUAUUCUUUCAAGGACAAAUUCAAGCUCAAACUCAAGGACAACUCGUGACGGGGCUACGUACACGCCUCGUCCCAGUUCUGGAAAAUGGCCAGAUUCGGGUAGUGAAAUUUCUCGAAAUGGCAAGAACUGACAGAGAGAUGGUGAAGGAGCAAUUCAGUAGAAGACAAAUGAAUCUGGCAAAACCACUAAAGAGUGGCGCUAGGGCCCAAACCGAUUUGCCUAAUUGGCCAAGCAGUUAAUCAGUCAAAUGUUUGUUGUUUAAAAUGAAUUUUUGUUCGAAAUAAAAAGU